UCGAUUUUCCCCAUCCGGGCGACGGUGGCGGCGCGUUGCAUAACUGUGUGGCGGCACUCCGCGCGCGAUCCCGCCCCGAGCGCCCGCCGCGAGCGCGCCACACGCGCUGACACGCGCAACGUCGCGCCCUUUACGUAACGCGCGACCACCGCGCGCGCCUUCAUCGCCCAUCGCAAACGGAUAAGGUUUAGAGUGUUUCGGGAAAAGUGUGCUACAUUUCCACUGGUUUCUGGCUCCGUUGCGAGGAUACGACGCGGCUGGGUGCGGACCGCCGGUGGGCUGGCGCGGCUAGAGCGCUGAUGCAGAUGUUGCGCGCGCGCCGUCACUGGAAAGAGGAGCGCGUGCGGCCUGCGAGCGACGCGGCCACCAACCCGCGCGCCCUCUAGACAAACACCUACACACAGCCACUACAUACGGUCGGUCAUGAAAAAUCUUGCCCAUUUGCUGGCUGUCCCGAUCAGCGAACACGUGGUAACUUUCAUCUCCUUGGUAGCCGCUGCCACACUGCUCACGUGGACGACAGAAGGGCGUUACGCCCGCUGGUGGUCGGCGGCGGGAGUUCGCGGGCGCAGAGCGUGCCGCGCGCGUUUCACCCACCACACACACCCGCCCAUUCACUGUUAGCAGUAGGCAGUUCACUCGGGGGGAGUUCGAUAGACAAUGUCCGAGGACUUGGACUCGAUCAGCGAGGAAGAACGAAGCUUGUUCCGACCUUUCACACGAGAGUCACUGGCCGCUAUCGAAGCCCGCAUAGCUGAAGAGCAUGCCAAGCAAAAGGAACUCGAGAAAAAACGAGCGGAAGGCGAGAACGAUUUGGGGCGGACGAAAAAGAAAAAAGAAGUUCGCUAUGAUGACGAGGACGAAGAUGAAGGUCCGCAACCUGACGCGACCCUCGAGCAGGGCUUGCCGUUGCCCGUGCGAAUGCAGGGCUCCUUCCCUCUGGAGCUCGCCUCCACACCCCUCGAGGACAUUGACCCUUUCUAUCAUAACCAGAGAACCUUCGUAGUCAUAAGCAAGGGUAAAGACAUCUUCAGAUUUUCGGCAACGAAGGCUUUUUGGUUUUUAGACCCAUUCAAUCCAAUAAGAAGAGUGGCGAUAUACAUAUUAGUGCAUCCUUUGUUCUCUUUAUUUAUUAUAACUACGAUCUUAGUGAACUGCAUUCUUAUGAUAAUGCCUACAACGCCGACUGUCGAAAGUACUGAAGUUAUCUUUACCGGGAUCUACACGUUUGAAUCAGCGGUGAAAGUAAUGGCCAGGGGUUUUAUACUACAGCCAUUCACCUACCUUAGAGAUGCAUGGAAUUGGCUUGACUUCGUAGUUAUAGCUUUAGCUUAUGUCACGAUGGGCAUAGAUCUCGGCAACUUGGCCGCGCUCAGAACGUUCAGAGUACUGCGAGCGCUCAAGACUGUGGCCAUCGUACCGGGUUUGAAAACCAUCGUCGGAGCCGUAAUAGAGUCAGUGAAGAAUCUGCGGGAUGUAAUCAUCCUGACGAUGUUUUCACUGUCUGUGUUCGCGCUAAUGGGCCUCCAGAUUUAUAUGGGGGUACUGACUCAGAAAUGCAUCAAGGUGUUCCCCGAGGACGGCUCCUGGGGCAACCUAACCGAUGAGAACUGGGAGAGAUUCUGUCAAAACGAAACGAAUUGGUACGGCGACGCUGGAGAGUAUCCGUUAUGUGGAAAUUCAUCGGGAGCCGGGCAAUGUGAACCAGGUUACAUAUGCUUGCAAGGUUACGGUCCAAAUCCCAACUAUGGAUAUACGAGUUUUGAUACAUUCGGUUGGGCUUUCUUAUCAGCCUUUCGUCUAAUGACACAAGAUUACUGGGAAAAUCUCUACCAAUUGGUGCUGAGGUCGGCCGGGUCAUGGCAUGUGUUGUUUUUUGUGGUGAUAAUUUUCUUGGGCUCAUUCUAUCUCGUGAAUUUGAUCUUGGCUAUUGUCGCUAUGUCGUAUGAUGAGUUGCAAAAGAAAGCCGAAGAAGAAGAACAAGCCGAAGAGGAAGCGCUACGAGAAGCGGAACAAAAGGCAGCAGCUAGAGCGGACAAGCAAGAGGCACGUGAAGCGCACGCAAGGGCAGCCGCCGAGGCAGCUGCUUAUGCCGAGGCUCACCCCACUAAAUCUCCGAGCGACUUCUCGUGUCAGAGCUACGAGCUGUUCGUGAACCAGGAGCGAGGCAACCAGGACGAUAAUACUCGGGAGCGCAUGUCCCUCCGAAGCGACCCCUUCGCGGACUCGGUGAGCACACAGCCCACGCACAAGCCCACCGCCACCGAACAGCACCACGACACGCGCCGGCCGAGGAAGGUCAGCAUGGUUCCCCACCCUGAUCGCAUAAAUAAAUAUCCAGGCCCGUUGUCAUACGGGCCGCUGCGCGAGGGCUCACAGGCUUCAUUAUCCUUGCCGGGCUCACCGUUCAAUUUACGACGAGGAUCGAGAGGUUCCCACCAGAUGGCUCUUAGGCCGAAUGCGAGAGCACGCUAUCCACCAGGAGCUGAUCGGAAACCGCUAGUAUUAUCCACAUAUUUGGAUGCACAAGAACAUCUACCAUAUGCCGACGACUCUAACGCUGUCACGCCGAUGUCAGAAGAAAAUGGUGCUAUAAUCAUCCCUGUCUAUUACGCAAAUUUAGGCUCAAGGCAUUCGUCAUAUACAUCCCAUCAAUCAAGGUUGUCCUAUACAUCUCACGGAGACUUGCUUGGCGGAAAGGCUCAAACUAAAGAGGCCAGACUGCGUGGACGGUCAGCUUCGAGAAAUCAUAGCGUGACGUCACAACCACACGCCUACCCGUUACCGAGACAGGACUCGUCAUUGGCCUCGAGGCCUCUUAGAGAAUAUGAAAUGAGCACAACAGAAUGUACAGACGAAGCUGGGAAAGUUUUGAAACCCUCCAAUGACAACCCUUUCAUAGAAUCAUCACAGCAACCCAACGUAGUGGAUAUGAGAGAUGUAAUGGUACUAAAUGAGAUCAUCGAGCAAGCGGGUAGACAAAGUCGUGCGAGUGAUCACAAUGUGUCAGUGUACUACUUCCCAACAGCCGAAGACGAUGAGGAUGGACCUACGUUUAAGGAGAAGUUACUGGAGUGCUUCAUGAAAGGAAUAGACUUGUUCUGUGUGUGGGACUGCUGUUGGUUGUGGCUCGAGUUCCAGAAGUACGUCGCACUGCUGGUGUUCGACCCGUUCGUCGAGUUGUUCAUCACGUUGUGUAUCGUGGUCAACACAUUAUUUAUGGCUAUGGAUCAUCACGAUAUGGACAUAGAUAUGGAAAAGGCACUUAAGAGUGGCAAUUAUUUUUUCACCGCAACUUUUGGUAUAGAAGCUACAUUGAAACUAAUAGCAAUGAGUCCAAAGUAUUAUUUCCAAGAAGGUUGGAAUAUUUUUGACUUUAUCAUCGUGGCCUUAUCACUUUUGGAAUUGGGACUGGAAGGUGUUCAGGGUUUGUCUGUUUUGCGUUCGUUUCGUUUGCUGCGUGUAUUUAAACUGGCUAAAUCUUGGCCGGCGUUAAAUCUUAUUAUAUCCAUAAUGGGUAGGACAGUGGGAGCUUUAGGGAACUUGACCUUUGUACUUUGCAUCAUUAUAUUCAUAUUCGCUGUGAUGGGAAUGCAGUUAUUUGGGAAGAAUUAUACAGAUUAUGUGGAUCGCUUUCCCGGCGGAGAUUUACCAAGAUGGAAUUUCACAGACUUUAUGCACAGCUUUAUGAUUGUAUUCAGAGUACUAUGCGGAGAAUGGAUAGAAAGUAUGUGGGAUUGCAUGUUAGUAGGAGACGUUUCAUGUAUACCAUUUUUCCUGGCCACUGUUGUUAUUGGUAAUCUUGUGGUACUUAACCUCUUCUUAGCUCUGUUGCUCUCCAAUUUCGGUUCAUCGAGCUUAUCAACUCCGACAGCUGACCAAGAUACCAACAAAAUAGCUGAAGCGUUUAAUCGAAUAUCAAGGUUUAUAGAUUGGAUAAAGCGUAACGUAGCCGACUUCAUGAAGCUAGUGAAGAAUAAACUAACUAAUCAGAUAGCUAUUCAUGCGCCCGGCUUAAAAGCGGCUUUAUGUGGCCGCUGUGUCUCCUCAGAACGAGUGGACAACGAGCUCGAACUGGGCACAGACCUCGAAGACGCUGUCCUGUACAAAGAUAAGAAAUUAAAGGAUCAAGUAGAAGUAGCUAUAGGAGACGGCAUGGAAUUUACGAUACCAGGUGACAAUAAAUACAAGAAAGGAAAAUUAUUAAUGAACAACAUCAAUGCUAUAACCGACAACCAUAGAGAUAACCGAUUAGACUGCGAAUUAAACCACCAUGGAUAUCCGAUUCAGGACGAUGACACAAUAAGUCAAAAAUCAUAUGGUAGUCACAAGAUUAGGUCAUUCAAAGAUGAAAGUCAUAAAGCAUCGACAGAUACAAUAGACGGAGAAGAAAAAAAGGACGCCAGUAAAGAAGAAUUAGGUUUAGAGGAAGAAAUGAUUGAAGAAGAAGAGGAAGGAAAAUUAGAUGGUGGUUUAGGAAAAACAGAUGUUGUCGUAGCUGCCGAAGAAGAUCUGAUUGACGAUACGCCUGCCGAUUGCUGUCCCGAACCUUGUUAUCAGAAGUUCCCUUUCCUCGCUGGGGACGACGAUUCACCAUUCUGGCAAGGCUGGGGCAUGCUACGAUUAAAAACAUUUAAACUUAUUGAGAAUACUUACUUUGAAACAGCUGUGAUCACUAUGAUUUUACUCAGUAGUUUGGCUUUGGCGUUAGAAGAUGUACACUUACCACAUCGACCGAUUCUUCAAGAUAUACUGUAUUAUAUGGAUCGUAUAUUUACUGUGAUCUUUUUCAUCGAGAUGUUAAUCAAGUGGCUUGCUCUCGGCUUCCAGAAAUACUUCACAAACGCUUGGUGUUGGCUCGAUUUCAUCAUUGUUAUGGUCUCGCUUAUAAACUUCGUAGCGGCGCUUUGUGGCGCUGGUGGCAUUCAGGCGUUCAAAACGAUGAGAACGCUCCGCGCACUGCGACCGCUCAGAGCCAUGAGCCGCAUGCAGGGCAUGAGGGUGGUAGUGAAUGCACUGGUACAGGCCAUUCCCUCUAUCUUCAAUGUGCUUCUCGUGUGCCUCAUCUUCUGGCUCAUAUUUGCCAUCAUGGGCGUGCAGCUUUUUGCAGGCAAAUACUUUAAGUGCGUUGAUCUUAACCACACAGCAUUGAGUCAUGAAAUAAUUCCGGACCGAAAUGCUUGUACCUUGGAAAACUAUACUUGGGAGAAUUCACCGAUGAAUUUUGAUCAUGUAGGCAAGGCAUACCUUUGUCUGUUUCAAGUGGCUACUUUCAAAGGAUGGAUACAGAUCAUGAAUGAUGCUAUUGAUUCCAGAGAGGUGGGAAGACAACCAAUUAGAGAAACAAACAUUUACAUGUACUUAUACUUUGUAUUUUUCAUCAUCUUUGGUUCGUUCUUUACUCUUAACCUAUUCAUCGGUGUGAUCAUCGAUAACUUCAACGAACAGAAAAAGAAAGCUGGUGGUAGUCUGGAAAUGUUCAUGACUGAAGAUCAAAAGAAAUAUUACAAUGCCAUGAAGAAGAUGGGUUCUAAGAAACCGCUGAAAGCCAUACCAAGACCAAAGUGGCGGCCGCAAGCCAUCGUCUUCGAAAUUGUAACAGACAAGAAAUUCGACAUGAUUAUUAUGUUGUUCAUCGGUCUGAACAUGUUGACUAUGACGUUAGACCACUACCAGCAGUCGGACACGUUCAGCAAUGUCCUUGACUACCUUAAUAUGAUAUUCAUUGUAAUAUUCAGCUCUGAGUGCCUAUUAAAAAUAUUCGCCUUACGAUACCAUUACUUCGUCGAGCCGUGGAAUUUAUUCGACUUUGUAGUAGUUAUGUUUUCUAUACUUAGUUUGGUAUUGAGUGAUAUUAUAGAAAAGUAUUUUGUAUCACCAACGCUCUUGAGAGUGGUGAGAGUAGCAAAAGUCGGUCGAGUUCUUCGACUCGUCAAAGGCGCUAAAGGCAUUCGGACAUUACUGUUUGCAUUAGCUAUGUCACUGCCUGCUUUAUUCAAUAUCUGUCUACUCUUGUUUCUGGUGAUGUUUAUCUUCGCUAUAUUCGGAAUGUCAUUCUUCAUGCACGUCAAGGAUAAAGGAGGUCUGGACGACGUUUACAAUUUUAAAACUUUUGUCCAGAGUAUGAUCCUACUAUUUCAGAUGUCAACGUCUGCCGGCUGGGACGGUGUACUGGAUGGAAUUAUAAAUGAAGAAGAAUGUGACUUGCCUGACAAUGAACGUGGUUAUCCAGGCAACUGUGGGUCUGCGACGAUAGGCAUCACAUACCUACUAUCCUACCUUGUCAUCUCCUUCCUUAUCGUUAUCAACAUGUACAUCGCCGUCAUUCUCGAGAACUACUCACAGGCGACUGAAGACGUACAAGAAGGUCUCACAGAUGAUGACUAUGACAUGUACUACGAAAUCUGGCAGCGGUUCGAUCCAGAUGGUACUCAAUAUAUUCGAUACGAUCAGCUAUCUGACUUCCUCGACGUACUCGAACCGCCACUUCAGAUACACAAGCCUAAUAAGUACAAAAUCAUAUCCAUGGACAUACCUAUAUGUCGCAACGACUUGAUGUUCUGCGUGGACAUUCUUGAUGCACUCACGAAAGACUUUUUCGCACGGAAGGGUAACCCUAUCGAGGACCCUGGAGAUAUAGAGGUCGGACGACCUGACGAGGUCGGUUACGAGCCGGUGUCGUCAACACUAUGGCGACAACGUGAAGAGUACUGCGCGCGGCUAAUACAGCACGCGUGGCGACGGCACCGGCGCGCCCACGACGGGCCGGGCGGGGAGGACAGCGCGGAGGGCGCGGGCGGCGCGGGCGGCGCGGGCGGCGGGGGCGGCGGGGGCGGCGAGGGCGGCGAGGCGGAGGCGGGCGCGGCGACGGCCGUGCUGCUGGACGCCGUGACGCCCAACGGGCACCGCGUGGUGCUGCAGGCGGCGGGGGCGGCGCCGCGCCCGCCGGAGCCCGCGCCGCCGCCCGCGCCCGUCUGACCCGCGCUGGCGCUCGCGCUGCUGCCCGCGCUGGUUGACGACGCGCCGCUGCCGCUGCCCGCACCGCUGCCCGAGCUCCUGAGCCCACCCAAGCGCACUUAAUUAUUUUUUACGCUAGACGUUUCGCAUUGUAUAUAAUGUAGUGUGUCGGCGGGCCGCGGGCGAGCGACGCGACGCGCGCCAGCGCGACUGCUGCGCGCCCGCGCCGUUUCCUUCGUGGACGUUAUUCUUUCGCGUUUAGAGACGUUCGAGGUGAUAACUGGAGUGUUUUAUAUUCGCGUGGCCGAGCUUUCAAGACUGUUUGUUUUGCGACCGACGUUCGCGCGCGUUCACCGUGUUUUAUUGUUCAAAUUCGUACCUUUUUAGUUGUCGCAUUAGACCAGUCACCGGUGAAAAAGACUUAUCGAUCGGAGAGAAUCGUUUUUGAGAGCGUGCCGUUUUUUUCGUCACUAGUGAUUUAAUAUAAGGUAUCUGAUAAAAAUGAGGAAACUGUAAAAGCUUAUUUUUGUAUUUGAUAAAUAUCACUGUCUAUCUGUAAAUUCUAAAUCAGAACUUUAUAAUAAUGUGAAGAUCGAUGAUCUGAUAAUUUAUCGAAUUGUAAGAUAUCAUUUUCUUUCCCCGAAAUGGUGUCGAACAAUAGCACUAUAUUGAUAGAAAAAUAUGAGUUUGCCGUAGGAACCUCUCGCUUACAUUGUUUCUUUUUUAAUGUUUAAUUUCUGAACGUAAUGUACCUCAAUAAGAGAUUACAUUUAAUUCAGAACUACAUAUAUGAGGCAUGUGGGCGAGCGACUCCUGCUUCGGUUCGAUGUUGCGCCGGAGUGUGACACAAGUGACAUUUGCUUAGUUAUGUUUCGCUUCAGCGCCGUGCCGCUGAGCGCGGCUUCACAGCGCAGGCAAAUCGAUGUAGCACUCGACGUUUGGGAACCAGCGAGUUUAUUUAACGUUACAAAUGUCUUCAACACGUCCUUCGCAUUCGGACGUUAGUAUAAUCGUAUCUAAUAAACGCUUAGAAAAGCAAUGGCUACGCCGAUUCAUAUCAAUUUUGUCCGUAUAGUUUUUUAUAGUUCCAAUUUAUAAGCCUCUCACUGUACCGCAAUGACUCUACGUCGUCGAAUUCUAUACGGGAUCGGCACAUCGUCGGGUUCCUCGAAGUUAAGAGCGUUUAGAAAAUUUUUGCAAGUUAUCUAUGUAAGCUUAACAAAUCAGCUGUGAAAACGGUACCAGAGUUCACUUCCGUCCUAAUUCAGUACGCAUCAUAGGAAUCGAGCCAUUUUAUGUAACGCGCACUUUCCACGUAACUAGUUAAUGUAAUUUUCCUUCCCCUGAAUUACAUUAGCUACCGGAGGCGAGGCGCGUGUUCGGUUAUCCCCAACCGGCCGCGCGCUGCUCCUCCCCUCUACCGCUCUUAAAGAGGAUCUGUAGUUCAACUUACGUUUAUACCGCAGCUAGGUCUUUCUAAUGCAAUAUUGACUUAUUACGAUUUAUACUAAAAUGCCAAAAACGCCUUAGCAUAUUUUCAAUCUUACCAUAGCAGUAGCACAAUACUCGUAGGUAAAAUUGUCAUAUAUGUUAUUAAUAAAUGGAUUGAUAUUAACGCGACAAAUAUAAUCUAAAUGUUACAAUACAAAAUACCCAAUAACUUUAGCUCUCGAUUGUAACGAUGCGUUUUGCGCCUACAAAAUUAGAAUUGCGUAGGCGCAUCGUGUCACCCCAUGUGUUGAUAGAUAGGUAUAUUUGAAAUGUUUCGCUAGUCUGUACAAUUAUAGGUACUACUGCGUUAGUACUGUAGCACUAUAUGUUAGCAUUGCAAGCAAGACCUGUUCGCAGCUACGUGUUAAUCUAAUGAUCCUCUUUGAAGCGUGACAAAAUAUUAUAAACCUUUAUCUAAUAAUUGCGAGCGGGCUGGUACUGCUUCGAUGAAUAUUGCUCUUGCAGAUUAUUACAUUAUAACGAUGUUAUAGCAUUGUACAACCGAUUCGGCUACAUGAAAGAGAUCACCGUAAUUAGCAAUAAGAUUAUUUAUAUACCUAAGAGAUCGAACGUCCCUUACCGAGUAAGGUAGAUUAUUGAAGUAUUUUUAUUUUACAAAUGACAUCUCUCUAGAUAGAUGGAACUAGCGCAGUUAUGAUGUAUUUAGGACGUACGCCGUUCGCAGCGUUGAACACUCGAGUGGCUCAUAAGAGUUGAGUUUCGUGUCAGUAUUGUCUUUUCUAGCACAACAAGUCAUUAAAUUUUGUAAUUUAACUUUGGAAGUGGUCAAUUUUCUACUGCUCUGUAAAUAUUGAGAGCUUAUCGCCGGGUAGAUCCCAAACCGCACGUCGCAACAAAUAAAUUAAUCAUAUGUCUACUAUCUAUUGAUAUGAGCGAGUAACGCAGCGAUACAUAAUAAGCUUGAAGCAAUAAAGUUAUCGUGUGCUCGAAGAAAAGUUAUGCUUUUCAUUAUACGAAACAUGUCACCAAAUAAUUGUGUCGGUUGUUUUCAAAAUUCAUUUUACCCGUAUUAACGAAAUGGGAUACAUUCUGAAGUGCAAGACAAUCUAAGUGUUGCAAAAUUUAAACAGUCAGUGUAUCUAAACUAAAAUGAGACCCUUACCGUUUUGCACAUAUUUUGCAAUAAUUAUGGUUACAAAUAUGUAGAUAAUUUUAUAAAGUGUGCCGUUGGGCGGGGUGUGUGCAAGCGACCUUCCCCAUCGCUCGGACAUUCCCCGCGGCAGUCUCGGACGCGCGCACGGGAGCGCCGCGUCUCUGUUUCAUCGGAUCUACGCUAAGUGGAGUACCAGGCAUUUGCUGUUCAUAAGAACCCCAAGUUUGAGACAUACUUAAAUCUAUGGUCUUUUCUUUGCUUUUUAUUAUGCGACGAAUCCUGUAAUUUCAUGUCGAUCAACACAUAAAUUAACACAUCUACCUAACUCUACUCAAAUUUAAUGAACAAUUUAAUCGCGUUCACAGAUAACAUCACGAUUAUUGUGAAGUUAAACCAAAUGGUAUGUUUAAAUUACGCAAAAAAAUUAUAGUCGCCUUAUAUAACUCAAAUGAAAGAUCACGGAUUCAUAGUUCUCAGACUGAAGGCAUGCCAAAGACCGGUGGUGUUAAUUUUUAUUUGGUCAAACCAAACGUUCUCCUUACUAUUAGGCAUAUUUGCACAAAGAAGUUGUGUUUAAUUAAGUUUAGACAAUAAGUUAUAAUAUCAUUAUAUUGUUUCUUUAAACUAUACUUAUGACAAAAAAGUGAGUUCAGUUUGCUGAGUGAUAGAGGUUUAAUUGACUAUUUAUUAUAUAUAUAUUGUUGAAGUUUGUACAAAAUAAAUUAAGUAAACGAUAAAAUAUAGAACUUGACUGCUUUA